AUGUACAGAUCUGCGAGUUGGAACCGUGGGACGGAAGACUACUCGUCCGCACCGCCUAAAGGACUAUGGAUGGGCUCCAUGAUCGGUCCACUCGACGAGGACGAACCACCUUCCUACAAUAAUCCACCUGAAGAGAUGGUUAAGAAGGAGAAGCCACGUGCCAAGUUCGCAGAAAACGCUAUUCACGCCAUUCCUUUUGUCCUCUUUGCAUGCGCUCUCGUCCUUUGGCUUUUUUCAAAUCCAAAUGUGGAUGUUGGGAUGAGAGAAGAAUCUAUUGCGGCUAGGAUUGAAGGAUUGACGAUCGAAGGAGACAUCGACAAUGAUAGCGAUGGAACUCAGACUGGUUUCUUGGGCGCCACCUUAGAACUCGGAGAUUCAGACAAACCAAACCUCACACACAAUGUUGGUCGGAACAGACGAGUUUCAAGGAAACUGAUUAAAGGUUUUUACUAG